GAAAGAGAUGUCUAGCUUGUAUAGGAAAGAGCCUCUGGGAGAAGGGUAGUCCAGCUCCUAGGCUGGAAAGUUCAGAGUUGGGGGCAGGAUAUACCAGGUAGGGACUGAGGGAUGCUGGGAGAACCUGGAGGCCUGGUCUGCUUUGCUGUGUAAAUUAUGCACCUCAGACACUUGGCCUGGGGUCUGAAACCAAACAGAUACCAAGAAUGUCCUUAGCUAGGACGUUAAAAUUUAACAUGGGCCAGUGCAGAGACAAAGGCUGGUUGUUUGACUCUGAAUCCAUACUUUAGAGGUAACACUACGAAGGCUGAAAACUAGGUUCUCCGUAUAACUGCAGCCAAGUCCAUUUCCUUUCAGCUCUUCACUGGAUAUCAAAGAUGCUUUCACUUUUGGGGGAAUUAAUGUUUUUUGAAUCUUAAAGGAACAAUACAUGUUUUGGAAAAAAUGAAAUAUAUAUACAAACCAAGUAAACAAAGAAUUUAGAUUCAGCUUUCUGGAGAAGUUCUCUCGGGCCCAGAUCCAGUGUGUUCUAUGAGUGUCACAGAUCCUCUAAAUCAUCAGUAAGGCCCUGGCUUCCUGGUGGCCUUGAUUGGCAGGUGGUCUUUUCACAUCAGCUUGUGUUCAGCUGAGUUGGCAAGAGCUUAUCCCCGGGGGUGCUCUGCGCUCUUCUAGCUGACUGUGCAAUGUUGGCCAAGUCGGUUGGGGCGAGACAGGGACGUAGGAUAUACAAAAACUCUCUGAUAUAAAGGAAUUUGUCACUGUUAGGACUUCCUUAAAUAGAUAUAUGAUAUAAAUGAGAAGGGGCAGAAUGGCCAUUUAAGAGUAAUGGAGUUUGCUGGGUGGUGGUAGCACACGCCUUUAAUCCUAGCACUCAGGAGGCAGAAGCAGGUAGAUGUCUGAGUUCAAGCUCAGCUUGGUCUACCACAGAGAAACCUUGUCUUGGUGAAAAGAAUAAAGGGGGUUUAUGAUCUCUCUAAUUGCUAGGAAGUGGAGUUACUAUAAACUUUCGAGAAACAGGUCCAGAAACUGAGACUGCUGAGGGCUUGUUUUUCUGUCAUGUCAAAGAAUAGGGUAACCAUGAUAAUACUCAUCCAACAUAAUGACACGGUUAACUAUGUAAGAUAUAUCCAUAUUUUAAAGUUUACAGAUCAGGGAUCAGUAAAAUAGCUCAGUGGGUGAAGGAUCUGAUUCAAAACUUGACAACCUGAUUCAAUCCCUGGAAACCAAAUGGUGAAGGAAAAAAAAAGCAGCUCCUUCAAGUUGUCUUCUGACUUACAUGUACACACACACACACACUCACACACACACAUACACACACACACACACACACACACACACACACACACACACACCAUGGCACAUGAGUACCACAUCAGACACAGACAAAAUAAAUACAAGAAAAAUUCAUAGAUAAGAAUUCUCACAAUAAUUGGCAUUUUAGACGGAAACUAUAAUUCCAGCAUAUUGUAGGAUUAGCUAGUCUUAUGGAACUGUUUUCACACUGAAAGACUUUCUUUCUUUACAAGACUUCUUUGUAAAUCCUUUCCAACUGCAUUCAUUAAACUGACCCCCGCCCCGAGUAGAUGAUCACUUCUGCUUAUUUAACUUCACAAAAUUAGUGUUUGGAAUAAAAGAGAUAUCAAAACAACCAAGGCAAGCAAGUCAUUAGUUGGAAGAGUUAAGGGGGGGGGAGUAUAAAUUCCAUGUGGAGAGGGGAGAAUAGGAUAGAGUUUCCAUGAGGCUGGAGCGAAGUAAGUUGUUACUCUGAGGAUAAACCCAUUGGCUUCAAAAGCGUUUGGCCUAGAAAUGCCCAGACAGUGCAGCCAUGACAAGAGAGCAAGAGAUUAAACGAGAUGUUUCUUCAAGGCCAAGUGCAAGCUCCUUCAACGCCCAGCAAAGAAAUUCCUUUCUUGUUAACUCUUAAUUUUCUCUGUGCUGCUGUCAUCUAUCAGUCAUUGUUUCCCGUCACCUUUAUGCCGCUUUCAAAUCUUACUCCUUCCUGAGUGGGGCGUCCCAUGAAGCUCUGACACAUUUUCUAAUAGAGACUUAGCCAGUAAGAUCUCUGGUCUACGGAACUUACCCUGCAGUGCCCAGAGUUUCAAGCUGGCCUUUCUUGCAGUGCAAGAAUGACAAGGCUUUAAAACUUCACAUAAAAGGCUUGAAGGUACUUUCAUAUUUCUGUCUGGGCCUGUUACUUGAGAGAUAUGAGAGCUGAAAAUCACCAUUCUCUUGAGCAAAAGAGGGGUUUACAGAGAUGAGCCUUGGCAACUGCUGUCUGCUCUGGGGUAGUUUCUACUGGAGGCUGUGGGGCUGCCCUAGGCGUGCCCGCAGCCUCCAUUCCUAGAAGCUAGCGGCUUUCUUUUCCUUCUACAAGUGGCAACCAAGUUCUGGGUUGAAAGUGAAUCCUUGCCCUUGGCUAUUCUCCAGCAUUCCUCGCUGAGCGAAUGGGGAUUUGGAAUGUCAGAAAAUAGAAGAGGGAGGGGAAAGAUGUGCGUAUGACUCUGCGUGUUUAGAGCAAAGGCAGCUCGUCUGGAAGAACUUAGGAAAGCUUCACUUCCUCAGACUGCUUCCUUCCCACAAACACUUAGUUCCUUCUCUGUGUUUUAGUCAUUUAACCUGAGCUUAGCACAGCAGUUCAGACCCUGACAGCCCAGUGGAGUGAGACUGGGUGAGUCCCCGGGACGUGUGUUUCUUCCUUCUGGAUAAAGGGACAGUACUUGUCCCCAGACUCUGCAGCAGGAGCCAGGACCGCCAUUCCUCUGGGAUUCACUCAGGAGUCGUCGGGAGCCCAGAUUCAGGUCUUAUUCCCCAGCCAGCCUGAGCAGGAUCAUGGAUUCGGUCUAGGCACAAAAGGUGGCGUUUGGCACACGCCUCCUACUGCCCAUGCUUGUGACUGAAGUACAUGGAACGCUGAUGGGACACAGCACUCAUGCUGUAACUGUGGACUGCCUGGCUCAGAGCUCAAGACAGUGAUUCGCAAGGCAGCUUUUAACCUUUAGUUCUCUCUAAAGUCAUCUUGUAUCAGCUCAAAAGGAGGAAUUCUGUAAAAGUUGUCUACAGGGACAGAUCCCAGCUUUGUGUGAAGAAUCCAGAGGCUGGGUGUCUGUCUCCAACCCCGGGAACCAUGUCCUCUUUAUAUACACGAAGUAAGGAAUUCACACGGAAUAGGAAAUCUCAGUCUGAUUCGCCCCCAGCAUCUCCCUCCCCGACUGCCAAGACACUCCGACAUGAAAGACUUUCUAGGUUGGAGUCAGGAGGCAGUAACCCGACCAGCAGCGACUCUCACAGUGACCGUGCUUCAGCAAGAGCCCGUCGGGAGGCCAGGGAGGCUCGUCUAGCCAGCCUGACCAGCCGGGUAGAAGAGGACAGCAGCAGGGAUUAUAAAAAACUCUAUGAGAGUGCCCUGACCGAAAACCAAAAGCUGAAAACAAAGCUUCAGGAGGCCCAGCUGGAACUUGCUGAUAUCAAAGCCAAGCUUGAGAAGAUGGCCCAGCAGAAACAAGAGAAGACCUCUGACCGGUCCUCGGUGCUGGAGGUGGAGAAGCGGGAGAGGCGAGCGCUGGAGCGGAAGAUGUCGGAGAUGGAGGAAGAGAUGAAGGUGUUGACAGAACUGAAAUCUGACAAUCAGAGGCUGAAAGAUGAAAAUGGUGCCCUCAUCAGAGUUAUCAGCAAACUGUCCAAAUAGACGAGGUCAGGUCUGGGGGGAGACGGCGUUUGCUGCCCUCCCUCCGUUUCCAGCUCUGGCCCUCUGGCUGAAAGACCUGAAUGUGCUGGAGAAGGGCAUCUCCUCUGCACUGUACAUUGUCUCUGCACUCUCCAUGCCCCGUUGCCCCCGCACCUCUACCCCAAGUUUUACGGCAGUUUUAACUGAAGCAUGAUUGUGACCAUUUCAAGCAAUCUGGAGAAAGCUUUGUGGGGUACACCAAGCUCAGCUGUGACCCCCAACUUUCUGCUGCUUUGUCCACAUUAGUUUUGGUCCAGAUAUGUAAGGCUUUGACCCAUAGCCUUUACACUGACCCAGUGUUCUUUGAUUUAGGGGAAUCUUGUGGUGGCCACUCUGGGAUCCUAUGUGGGUGCCAAGAGCAAGGGCGGAAUGUGGGAUCUGUCUGGGCUGCCUCUGGGGCUGUGGCUCUGUGCUGCUGAGUCUUUUACUCACCUCAGGAACUGACUUGUUUUUACUUUCCUAUCAGUGACCUAGGGACAUCGCUGACUAGUCUUAACCUCAUUUCUCCCUCUCCCACAAGACCCAGGCAGCCUUGGACUCUCUUGCUCCUUUUCUAUUCUUUGGUGAUUUCUCCUCCCGCCCUGAUGGUGUAAAAGCUGAAACUGAGCUCCCACCCUCAGCUGUUUGGAAACUUGUCACUGCGGCCUUGGUGCCAUGACCCUGUCCCUGCGAAGCUAGAGGACGUCUUAAGGGUCAGCCCGUUGUUCAUGUCUCCUGCUUGUCUGCUUACAAAAUGAUUUUCUGAACUCUUCAAGUUGUACAAGUAGUGUGCAUCUUUAAUCCCAGCACUCGGGAAGCUGAGGCAGGAGGAUCAGGAGUUUGAGGCCAGCUAUAUAGCAAGACCCUCUCUCUAGAAAAAGGAAGCCUGGGUAUUGGAUGUUCAGUUCACCUCACUUCCUUUGGCUUUGUUCUACUCUCCACUCAGGCCCCUGCUCCUAAUGAGAAGUGGAGUCGUUGCAAGGAGGCCUGGGAGAGAGCAGGGGUGGAAGCUAGGUUAGAGAGACAUGGAGAGCAUCUGAGGACACUGGGAACGCUGUGCUUACGCUCAGAGGAUGGUGGUCACUUGCUUCCAUAUUCAGGGGAGAGAUCUGUUCUUAGGAGCCAACAGAAGAGGUGGCUGCUGGGUAGAGACUGAGGAUGAAGAAGAGUACUCGUGGACUCUUAAGAGUGGCAAAGCCCAUAGAUCACCUGGCCCAGCGUCCUGCUGCCAUAACUCUGACCUGUGGUCAGCCUCUGGGAGUUAUGCAUGUCAUACUUGACGUUUGGGCACCUCUACUACAGUUUUUACUGGUAGAAGCUGCGGCCUACUGCUUCCUUCCGAGAUAGCACAUUAGGUAUUAUCUCUCCUUACCUAGUCCCUUGGGUCCCUCCUCAGAUGUGAUGUUGAUGCCUGUCACAUCUUGACUACCAUCCUCCAGAAUCUAGACAAAAGCAGCCCUUCAGCUUAUCAUGCCUCCGUGUACAUAGAGUACUCCGUAAUUCCAACACACAGUUACACUGCUAGCUCUUGUCACUGAUCCCGUGCUGAUGGGUACAAUGUGGCUUUGUAGGCAUUUUGUCCUUUGGUUCACAUUAAAGGGCGUGUCCUUUAAUGCCUCAUUGUUUGAGGGUUGCUAGUGAUGUGGACCAUUCUAACACUACCUCUGUUAGUUUCUUUCAUGAGGACGCCACUGUCCUUUUUGGUGGCCCUUGCAGACUUUGUGUGCUCUUAAACAGAAGUUCUAAUUCAGGGUCCCUGAUACAGAAUGGGAACUGUAUCUCCUCUUACACGCUUUCAGCACAUAAGAUUCUCUUUUCCACUUCAACCCAUUCUUCUGUGUUGGACUGCACUACUCUUGUGAAACAAGAGCCCUGCAGGGAGAGAGACCAGUCUUCUGCUAUAGGAAUCACUCCAUUCUUGCUAGGAGACGUCAACAAGAUGUCAGCCAACCGGCUCUCCUGGCAUGGGUUGUAUACUGGGGAAGGGGAUUGCUGCCUCAGUCUUGGGAAAAGAAAGUGGGAUUGUAGGGAAACAGUUUGAGCCUCCUCCUUCUCAGGCCAGGAGGAGGUGUUCAGAGUUGUGUGCCUUUGGGCCUUGUAGGGAAGGUUCUCAGAAACCCUCAAACUGGCAUUAUAUUGCGGCUCUACCUGGCCUUCAUGUUAAGAUGCCACCUCUUGCCAGGACUGUUUUCUUGUGACAAGCUGUUGACAAGCUUUUCAAUCUCAGUAGUGCUAGCCUCUGUGGCCGAGAGCCCAUCAGAGCACACCUGGUCCCAGACCAUUCGUGGCAAUUCCUUUCAGGCCACUAAUUUUAUUAGAAGCAUUGUGAAUUUGGUCUCUUCCAGAGAAGAGAACUGCAUUCUUCAUACUGACUGAGAGCUCCCAAGAAAGACAUGGGCCUCCUGAGGCCGGCUGUUGUGUGUGUGCAGUCUCCCUUUCCCGUGUUGCUUGGCCAGUUACACACCGUUGGUCUCCCCAGUGGCCACCAGCCUCACCUACUGGCUUCUCGUGAGUAACCUUGUGGCUGGAGCUUACUGAGCCAAGCAAGCAGGCAAGCAUGCAGGAAGGACUUAGCCUGGUCACACCAGUCUUCAAGGGAAAUCAAGACAGGACGAGAAUGUUCUUAUUCGCUGGACAGUUUUCCAUACCCCAGCCGACUUUGAGAGUAACAGCUGGUCGGUCAGUCCAGAGGAUCUCUGGCUGGAGUUUGCCUAGUUGAUGUUCAGGGGUUUCAGACCCUUCCCAGACAGCUCCUGGAAGUGCUGUUCCUCAGCUCCGUCCCUGUCUCUAGGGGAAGAGCCACGCACAUUCUCAGGGUUGCCUUUAAAGACUCUUUAGAGAGACUCUUUAGAACAGCUGUCUGGACCCGCAUCUCCUCCUGCCUGUCCAGCAGUGGGGCAUGUCCUGCCCUGCUUUUCCUGCCUCUGCCCCAGUCCUCAGCCCCUGACCCACAAGCAUUGUUUGGUGGGGUUGCCAGCAGCUUCCACUCAGGAAGUGCAGGCACAGUCUGCAGGCCUCAGAAGAGUAUAGGAACCAGAGCUGAAAGGCUCUCCAUGCCAGGCCCCUGCGGCACUCUGCUCUCUGUCCCUUUCCUAGCAGAGGCAGCUCCAACCCAUUGCUUGCCUGCCUUUCAGAGGCGGGUCCUGUCCAGACCCAUGCCCAGGGAGAGCUGCAGCCCAGCUGCCAUUCUACUCUGAAGAUGGAAACUCAAACAAUAUGGGCUCCUUUAACCCAGGAAGCAAGGCAGCUUUGAGGGCAGGAUACUUCAAAUAUGAGGACUUUUUAAACUUAGAUUUCUGAUUCAAAAAGUGCUUAACUUUGAAUUUUCAAGAUCAGUCUUGCUUUCUUCCCAAAUUCAAGCUGUUUAAGAUUGGCCUGUCAAGGGCGACUGUCCCUCCAUGUUGGAAAGUGAGUUUAACAUUGAGAACAAUUGAAUAGGGGUGUGACUGCUUUUCCUCCUGGGAGCUCAGUAAAAAUAUUACCAACCGCAGAGGUGGAGGUGGGAGCUGGCAGGGAUGGCUAGAGCAGUGUUCCAGGCUGCCAGAGGACACACUGUCCAUCACGGGGAACCAGCUGCUGCGGGGAGGUUUGCUGUCCUCCAUGUGACCAGCCUGCUUCUCGGCAUCCAAGCAGCAGGCUUUCUGCUGGGCACCAACUGGUUUCUAGUCUUGAGCUCUGCCUUGAGCAGCAGGAGCGCAUUCCUUGGGCAGCUGUGCAAGGUGCUCGUUCACGGGAGAGGCCAUGGCCACAUAGCACAGAAUGGGGCCCAGCUCUACCAGACACUGACAGCUGGGGCUUGGAUGGAGGAAAGGGACAAACCCUGGAACUGGGUGCCUGCAUGCUCUGUGUGUAAAAGGCAAAGGAAGGUCUGUGAAUGUGGAACAGGAUGGAGGCCGGAGCCUGGGAGAGAGGAAGCCAGGCUUCAGCACCUGAAGUGUAUUCUGUCUCAUUGCGUUCGCCCCUCAGCUCCAGCUGAGCGAGAUUUUAAUCAGCUCCUCUAAUGGGUAUUGACACCCCACGGAGCAGUCAACUCUGUCAGGGACAACUAUUGAUGGCUUGUGUUCUGAUUAGAUUGGAAAAAUAGAUCAACUUCAUUAGAGCCCAGAAGCUGUCAUUGUCACAGCUACAAAGGAAUGAAGUGGCCUCUGAGGGCUGAGGAAAAUCAGCUGGACCCCUGAGAAGCCAGAGAGUAGGUUCAAGUUGUAUCCUUGAGAGCUAUGGUUAAGGGUCACAAAUCUCCUGGGGCGCCUUGCUACCCAGUUCCCGGACGCCCACCGUGGCUAGAUGGUACAGGAGGGGUAUCUAAGCUCUUAGAGCUGAAGUAUAGUCUGGCCUCACCUCAGCAGGCUUGACAUGUGAGGGUCUCUCCAAGCCCGGGACCACCACACACACACACACACACACACACACACACACACACACACACACACACACACACCACACACACACACACCAUACACACAUGCACACACAUACACACACAUACACACAUAUAUACAACAUACACACACAUAUAUACAACAUACACACACACAUACACACACACACCAUACACACAUGCACACACAUAUACACACAUAUACACACAUAUAUACAACAUACACAUACACACCAUACAUACACAAAAUACACACACACACACAUGCACGCACUUGGCUGAAGCUUUCAAAAAGAGGUCUGCAUUUCCUCAAUUAGAAUGAGAAUGCAUUUAUCCCAGUGCACUGACUCCUGCUCCUCGAAUACCCUCCCAGCUUCCCGGAGCACUUCUCCCACUCCUCUGCUUAUCUUCCAGACUGGGAAUCUGCCAGAACAACAUUUCAUCAUUUUUGCCUCUAAAUUUUCCCCUAAUGUUUCCAAUAAAAUUUUGCUUGGGUGGCCCCUUAAGGUGUCACCAAGAUACUAAACCAGACUUCUCAAAAAUAAGCACACCUCCCCCGCCCUCCCCCCCCCCCCCCAGUUCCCUCCUCGAGCCUUAGGCCUGGCUUUUCUACACUCGGACUUGAUGGUGCUUGAGGGAAGAGGUUUUCCAUGAAUCAGAAAGAGUUCUGGCAGAUUUUCAAAUGCCAACAGCAUGCCAUUCCGCCCACCACCCAUGGCUAGCCCCCAUUCGCUUUCAAACCUCAGAGACCAGGCUUGGCUUAUAUAGGUCUACAGGACCCCUCUGUUUCGGGCCACAUCUGUCAUCCCAUCUUUUCUGAAAGAUGUGACUGGUGCCGGCUUAAGGCAGAAGUGUUUCCUCAGCACAGGCUGGGUGAGUUUGUUUGCAUAGUGACAGCCACUCAGCCAGGCAGGAGAGAAGAUUCACAAAAGGCCUGACCAUGAGGAGUCAGAAGAGCCUCUAACGUGCUCUUGAACUCAGCUUGGAUCCUGAACAAGGGACACUUCAGGCUGGUACCAACUUGGUUCUCUCUGAAGCGCAUGCGUCUGUGCUGCUCUCAACCCUGUUCUCCGGAAACCUCGAGCAGAUCGCAGCUUAUCCUAGGAUGGGGGAGACUAUGCGAAAGCAGCUGUAGGUAAAGGUACCAGCAGGCCAGUACAGGGGACAGGAUUCUGAGAGGAUGCGCCCAUCUAGCAUGUCCACCUUCUAGUCAGCAUCCCCUGAUCCCUCGGCACCUCAGCCCCCUCCUGGCUGGUCCCUUCAAGCAGAGCCAUGAUUCCCUCUGCAGGGUCAUCAGUGGUUCAGACCCCAGCUUUGGCUUACGGUUUCCUUCUGGGCCUGUGUCCUCAGCUCCAUGUUGGUCACCUCUUCAGUGCGGGCAUUGUGUUAUUUCCUCUCUCCACCCUUCACCCACGCUUAACGCACCGAGUGGAACUGUUUGCCAGCUGAGCUGUGAGGAUUAACUUCAGUCAGCUGUAAAUACACCUGGAGGAGCUCCAGAGGGAGGGAGCCAGACUGGCUUUCCGAACUGAAUGUAUUUUUAUGCAAUUUUGAGUGGCCUUUUCAACCCUGAGAUGGAUGGAUUUGUUUUACUGGUUGUUGUUAUAUAGUAUUAAGUAUUCUGUGUUUGAAAGUUUGGGAAUAAUAUUCACAUCUAUAUGAUGCCUGUAAACACAACAGUAUUUAUAAAUGAGUAAAUAAAACUGUGUUUUAACUUUA